CCCCCCCCCCCCCCCCCCGCUUCCUUCAACCAAGCAGAGCCACCAAAGGUGGGGAGCGAGGCUUAAACAUUAAGCCAGCUUGGAUUUAUUUAGCAGCAGAAUGACGGAUUUGGGAGCGCCGGACACGCUGCUGGCGGGGAGCAGGCUGAAGAACGCCGGCGGGUUGAGACGCGACCUCCCGCUUCUCCUCCUGCUGGGGCUCCUCUUCGGGGAUUUCUCCUCGUCCAACGCUGAAUCUUGCGGUGGUGUGGUCCAAGGACUGAACGGCACCAUAGAGUCUCCGGGUUUCCCUCACGGCUAUCCCAACUACGCCAACUGUACCUGGCUGAUAAUAACCGGGGAGAGGAACCGAAUCCAGCUGACCUUCGUCACACUGGCUCUUGAGGAAGACUUUGAUAUUGUAUCAGUUUACGAUGGACAACCGUUGCCGGGCAACUUAAAAAUGAGGUUGUCAGGAUUCAUGCAGCCCUCCCCUUUAGUCAGCAGUGGAUCCAUUUUGGCCUUGUGGUUUACCACAGACUUUGCUGUCAGCGCACAGGGCUUCAAAGCUGUAUACGAAGUCUUGCCCAGCCACACAUGUGGCACCCCGGGCCUCAUCCCAAACGGGGUCAUCCAUGGGUCGCGGUACAACAUGGGGGACAAGAUACGAUACAGCUGUGAGUCCGGUUUUGUGUUGGAAGGACACAGUAUCCUCACGUGUAUUGUAUCAGCUGGCAGUGGAGCACAGUGGGACUUCCCGUCACCAUUUUGUAGAGCGGAGGGAGCGUGUGGCGGUACGUUGCGAGGCACCGCGGGUUCAAUAACCAGCCCCGGAUACCCCGCCGAGUACGACAACAACCUGGACUGCACCUGGUCCGUCCUGUCUGAACCCGGGGAUACUAUAGCUCUCGUCUUUAACGACUUCUUAUUAGAGGACAAGUACGACUUCCUGGAGAUCAGCGGGACGGAGGCACCAAGCAUAUGGCUGACUGGUACAACACUGCCCUCUCCGGUGAUAUCAAAUAAGAACUGGCUUCGGAUACAUUUCACCUCGGAUAGCAACCAUCGAAGAAAAGGAUUCAGUGCUCAAUACCAAGUGAAAAAAGCAAUAGAGUUAAAGUCCAGAGGGGUGAAGAUGAUGCCCAGUAAAGACACCAGUCACAAGAAUGCUGUCUUGAGUCAAAGUGGUCUUGCUGGUGAUGUAUGUCCAGAUCCUGGAGUUCCCGAAAAUGGCAAGAGGAUGGGCUCAACCUUCCAAAUUGGAGCCAGCGUCCAGUUCAGUUGCGAUGACAGCUACGUACUACAAGGAUCUAAAAGCAUCACCUGUCAACGGGUCACCGACACACUGGCUGCCUGGAGCGACCACAGACCCAUAUGCAGAACUCGUACCUGUGGCAGCAAUCUCAAGGGGCCCAAAGGGGUCAUAACUUCUCCUAACUACCCGGUUCAAUAUGAGAACAAUGCACACUGUGUGUGGGUCAUCACGGCGAUGGAGUCUGGGAAGGUGAUAAAGCUGUCCUUUGAAGAGUUUGACCUGGAAAGAGGAUAUGACACACUAACUGUGGGAGAUGGAGGGAAAAUAGGCGACACUCGGAGGGUCCUCUAUGUACUUACAGGUUCCAGUGUGCCUGACCUCAUCGUUAGCUUGUCCAAUCAGAUGUGGCUCCACCUGCAGUCGGACGAUACGAUCGGCUCCGCGGGUUUCAAAGCCGUCUAUGAAGAGAUCGAUCGGGGUGGCUGUGGCGAUCCCGGGGUGCCGGCAUUUGGUCGUCGUAGCGGUGAUCGCUUUCAACACGGCGACGUGUUGACCUUCUUCUGCCAGUCGGCCUUUGAACUAGUGGGAGAGAAGACCAUCACUUGCCAGCACAAUAACCAGUGGUCUGGCAAUAAACCCAGUUGUAUAUUUUCAUGUUUCUUCAACUUCACGGCUCCAUCUGGAACGGUAUUGUCACCGAACUACCCAGAGGAGUACGGGAACAACCUGAACUGUGUGUGGCUGAUUAUCUCUGAACCGGGCAGCCGUAUUCAUCUCCUGUUCGCUGACUUUGACCUGGAGCCACAGUUCGACUGGUUGGUGAUCAAAGAUGAAGGCCUGUCUGAGCCAACAACCUUUGGGACGUUCUCGGGAAAAGAUGUCCCAUCGCAGAUCGCCUCGAAUGGACACAUCAUGAGACUGGAAUUUCAAUCGGAUCACUCUAAUACUGGAAAAGGAUUCAAUAUCAGCUACACAACAUUUGGACAGAAUGAAUGUCAUGACCCAGGAGUUCCUGUCAAUGGUCAAAGGUAUGGUGACCAAUUCCAGCUCGGCAGCUCUGUGGCUUUUCGCUGCGAUCAAGGAUUCAUUAGGACACAGGGGUCUGAUCAGGUCACUUGCAUCAUCCAGGAUGGAAAUGUUGUUUGGUCUGCGGCUGUACCUCGCUGUGAAGCUCCGUGUGGAGGACACCUCACAGCUCCUACCGGGGUUCUUCUGUCCCCGGGUUGGCCCUCGUUUUACAAAGAUUCGCUGAACUGCCAGUGGGUGAUUGAAGCGCAGCCAGACCACGCUGUGAAAAUACACUUUGACAGGUUCCAGACUGAGGUUAAUUAUGACACACUGGAGAUCAGGGACGGCCCCUCGGUCUCUUCCCCCCUCGUCGGUGAAUACCACGGCACCCAAGCACCUCAUUUCCUGAUUUCCACAUCCAACGUCCUGUUCCUGUUGUUCACCACGGACAACAGCCGCUCUGCAGCGGGCUUCAGCAUCAGAUAUGAAAGUGUGAAAAUGGAGUCAGACUCUUGUCUUGAUCCUGGGAUUCCGGUCAACGGUCGGCGCCACGGCACAAACUUUUUUAUCGGCUCCCGUGUCUCUUUUACAUGUGAUCUAGGAUACACACUAAGCGAUCAGGAGCCGAUUGUUUGCGAGCACAUUCAUCAGUGGAGUCACGCUCUUCCAAGCUGCGAUGCCCUUUGUGGAGGAUAUGUUUACGGUAAAACGGGAACAAUUCUGUCCCCUGGCUUUCCUGACUUUUACCCCAAUUCUCUUAACUGCACCUGGACUAUAGAGGUGUCUCAUGGCAAAGGAGUCCAUCUGGUUUUCCACACAUUCCAUCUGGAGGAGAACCAUGACUACCUUUCCAUCACUGAGGACAGCAACUUCCAGGUUCCAGUAGCUCGACUCACCGGCUCAGUGCUGCCCCCUAGUGUCAGAGCGGGGCUCUAUGGAAACUUUAGCGCCCAGCUACGUUUCAUAUCCGAUUUUUCCAUGAGUUAUGAAGGAUUUAAUAUGACUUUUUCUGAAUACGACUUAGAGCCUUGUGAGGAUCCUGGCGUACCGGCGUACAGCAGGAGAACGGGAUUUAGGUUUCGAGUUGGCGACUCGUUGGCCUUCUCUUGUUUCACUGGCUACCGACUGGAGGGGGAGAGCAAGAUAACUUGUUUGGGAGGAGGUCGACGAGUCUGGAGUAACAUACUGCCAAGAUGUAUAGCGGAGUGUGGAGCUUCAUCGGAAGGACCAGAAGGCGUACUGCUCUCUCCGAACUUCCCCUCCAACUACGAUAACAACCAUGAGUGCAUCUACCACAUCACGACCGGAAAGGGCAGAGGAAUCAGCCUGAAAGCUGAGAGCUUCUUAUUGCAAGACGGAGACUAUCUCAAGAUGUAUGAUGGAGAAAACACUUCUUCCCGUCUUCUUGGCAACUUUACCAAUGAUAACAUGAUGGGUCCUGUCAUCAAUACUACGUCCAAUCGCCUCUGGCUUGAGUUCAACAGCAAUGCCUCUGGAACCAAUCAAGGCUUUCGCCUCACAUACACAAGUUUUGACCUGGUACGCUGCGAGGAACCAGGUGUUCCUGGUUAUGGCUAUAAGAUCCAAGACGACGGCCAUUUUGCCAACACUUUUGUCCUGUACUCCUGCAACCCUGGAUACAGUCUCCAUGGCACCAGCACCCUGACCUGUCUUAGCGGGGACCGACGUGUCUGGGACAAACCGCUUCCUUCCUGUAUCGCGGAGUGUGGGGGUCACCUGACUGGACAGUGUCUGGGACGGAUUCUGUCUCCAGGGUAUCCGGCUCCAUACGAAAACAACCUCCACUGUACCUGGACUAUAGAGGCAGACACGGGCAAAACCAUCAGUCUCCACUUCAUCGUCUUUGACACUGAGGUUGGCCACGACAUUCUGAGAGUUUGGGAUGGUCCAUCUGGACCAUCAGACGGGGGGAUCCUGUUGAAAGAAUGGUCAGGCCCAGCCUUACCUGAAGAUAUCCACUCAACGUUCAACAUACUCACUCUGCAGUUUGAUUCAGAUUAUUUUAUCAGCAAGCAAGGGUUUUCCAUACAGUUUUCCACGACCACAGCGACGACGUGCAAUGACCCAGGCGUCCCCGUAAAUGGUUCUCGAUACGGCGACACUAAGGAGCCCGGUGACAGUAUGACGUUCCAGUGUGAUCCAGGCUACCAGUUACAAGGCCCGGACACCAUCACGUGUGUAAGACUGGACAACAGAUUCUACUGGCAACCCGACCCUCCGACGUGUGUAGCAAUGUGUGGGGGCAACGUCAGCGGCCCUUCAGGGGUAAUUCUGUCCCCUAACUACCCCCAGCCAUACCCCCCUGGGAAAGAGUGUGAUUGGAGAAUCAGAGUCAACCCGGACUUUGUCAUUGCUCUCAUCUUCAAAAGUUUCAACAUGGAGCCAAGUUACGACUUCCUGCACAUCUACGAGGGGGAAGACUCUAAUGGGCCGUUACUCGCAAGUCUCCAAGGCAACCAGGCCCCGGAGCGCAUAGAGAGCAGUGGUAACAGUCUCUUCUUGGCAUUCAGAUCUGAUGCCUCGCUGGGCAUGUCUGGGUUUGCCAUCGAAUAUAAAGAAAAACCGAGAGAAGCCUGUUUUGACCCUGGUAACAUUAUGAACGCAAGUCGAACAGGAUACGACUAUAAAUUGGGAUCUCAGGUCUCCUACAGCUGUCACCAUGGCUACAUAACUAUGGGCGGAGAUACCAUCACCUGUGUAAUGGGGAAUGAUGGGAAGCCGGUGUGGGACCAGGCUCUACCAUCAUGUAAAGCUCCAUGCGGGGGACAUUAUGGUGGAUCGGAAGGAGUUGUUCUGUCUCCAAACUAUCCUCUAAACUACACUACAAGACAGACCUGCUCCUACUUCAUCACUGUGUCCACACAGUUUGUGGUAUUUGGUCAGUUUGCCGUUUUCCAGACAGCAAUGAAUGACUCCGUGGAGCUGUUUGAUGGAGCCAAUGAGAAUGCUCGACUGCUCAGCUCUCUGGCUGGGUCACAUUCAGGAGAGACAUUGCCAUUGGCUACUUCCAAUCAGAUUAUGCUGCGCUUCAAUGCUAAGAGUGACCAAUCAGCGAGAGGCUUUCACUUUGUCUACCAAGCUGUGCCUCGCACCAGUGACAGUCAGUGCAGUUCAGUGCCGGAGCCUCGGUACGGUCGGCGGAUCGGUUCUGAGUUCUCCGCUGGCUCCGUGGUCCGGUUCGAGUGCAGUCCAGGGUACCUGCUGAAGGGAUCGAGUGCUAUAUGGUGCCAGGCCGUGCCAGGUGCCCUCGCACAGUGGAACGCAACAACACCAUCCUGUUUAGUUCCCUGCAGUGGCAAUCUGACUGAACGACGCGGUACAAUACUGUCUCCGGCCUAUCCGGAGCCCUACCCAAACAGUCUCAACUGUCUGUGGAGGAUACAUGUCAGCGAAGGGGCUGGGAUACAGAUCCAAGUGAUGACGUUUGCUACUGAGCACAACUGGGACUCUCUGGAGAUCUACGAUGGAGGAGACAUGACAGCUCCUAAAUUAGGGUCAUUUUCUGGAACAACUGCUCCCGCCCUCCUCAACUCAACGUCCAAUCAGCUCCUUCUGCACUUUCAGAGUGACAUCAGUGUGGUGGCAGCAGGUUUUCAUCUAGAAUACAAAACUGUUGGUCUCACCACUUGUCCAGAGCCAAUGAUACCAGCCAACGGCAUUAAAGCAGGUGACAGAUAUAUGGUGAAUGAGGUGGUGGCCUUCACCUGUGAACCAGGGUACACAUUACAGGGCCACUCUCACAUUUCAUGUAUGCCUGGAACAGUGCGUCGAUGGAAUUACCCGCCUCCUCUCUGCAUAGCUCCUUGCGGUGGGGUGUUGUCUGAGAUGAGUGGCGUCAUCCUCAGUCCGGGUUUCCCUGGCAACUACCCCGGAAACCUUGACUGCACCUGGAAAAUCACAUUGCCAACUGGCUAUGGAGCCCACGUUCAGUUCCAAAACUUCUCUUCUGAAGACAACCAUGACUUCCUGGAGGUCAGGGCUGGGCCACAGCACAGCUCUGCUCUUAUUGGACAGUAUACUGGCUCGCAGAUGCCACCACCCUUGCUGAGCACCACUCACCUCACAAUCAUCCACUUCUACAGUGACCACUCAGAGAACAGGCCAGGGUUCAAACUGACCUAUCAGGCCUAUCAACUUCAAAACUGCCAGGAUCCCUUUCCUUUCCCUAACGGAGACAUCAUCAACAGUGACUUCAGUGCUGGCCAAUUAGUAACUUUUCACUGCUACCCAGGUUAUGUUUUGAUCGGACACCCAGUGCUAACAUGCCUGCAUGGGACCAACCGGAAGUGGAACCACCCCUUCCCACGCUGUGAGGCUCCUUGUGGCUAUAAUGUCACGGCUGAAAACGGGACAAUCUAUUCGCCUCAGUACCCCAAUGAAUACCCCAACUCACAAGAUUGCAGCUGGCUCAUCACUGUUCCACACGGACAUGGAGUUUAUAUAAACUUUACUUUAUUGCAGACCGAGCCUGUCACUGAUUACAUCGCUGUCUGGGAUGGCCCAGAUACGUCCAGUCCUCAACUGGGAGUGUUCAGUGGAAACACGGCAUUAGAGUCGGCCUACAGCACCAGCCCGAAGGUCCGGAUCCGCUUUCACUCUGACUUCUCAACUGGAGGAUUCUUCAUUCUCAACUUUCAUGCCUACCGUCUGAAGAAAUGCCCUCCUCCCCCUGUUGUGGAGAAUGCAGAGGUGAUCUAUGAAGAUCAAGACUUCCAGAUAGGGGAUAUUGUGAAGUACCGCUGUUUGCCUGGAUACACAUUGGUCGGAAAGGCGGAGCUAAUGUGUAGACUCAAUUCCCAUUUGCUUUUUGAAGCCCCGGCCCCCACGUGUCAAGCCCAGUGCCCAGCCAAUGAGGAGCGGCCUUUGUCAUCAGGAGUGAUACUGAGCCCCGGGUUCCCAAGUAACUAUCCCAACAGCCAGACAUGCUCCUGGCUGCUACACAUACUUCCAGGUUACACCAUCAACAUCUAUGUAGAGAUGUUCCACAGCGAGAAACAGUUUGAUGAACUGGAGAUUUUUGAUGGAUCCUCGGGGCAAAGCCCUUUGCUUGUCGCACUAAGUGGUAAUCACUCAUCUCAGCUGAACUUCACAUCUAAAACCAACCAGCUCUACCUGCGAUGGUCCACGGACCAUGCAACCAACAAGAGAGGAUUCAAGAUACGAUACUCAGCUGCCUACUGUAGCAUUAAUGAUCCUCCUGUGAAUGGCGGCGUUAUCAACCGAACCAGACUGCGGCCAGGUAGCAGACUUCAGUUCUACUGUAACCGUGGUUACCGGAUGAUAGGCUCAAGCAAUGCCACCUGCCGGCUCCACCCAAACGGACUCUUCCAGUGGGAUACUCCACCACCUUUUUGUCAAGCUGUCUCGUGUGGAAUCCCUCAGUCCCCGGGCAAUGGCAGCUUCCAUGCUAACCAGUACACUGUGGGUAGCCAAAUCACCUAUCACUGCAACCAAGGUUUCCACCUGGACCCUAAUGUUCAAACGACAGCCGUGUGUUUGGAAGAAGGGAGCUGGAGUAAUGCUGCCAUUGCACCCAGAUGCCUUCCUCUCCACUGCCCCAGCACAGAUGGCACCUUGUCGGAUCAGAUGACCUCUCGGCUGCUCUCUGGCAGUUUGGAAGAGUUUGGUUCUAUGUUGAUGCUGGAAUGCGCGACAGGGUACUAUUUGGGCGUAGGGCAUCGAACUCUUCGCUGCCUUGCCAACGGGACCUGGGAGGGGUCAGAUGACCUAGCUACGUGCAAGAUCAUCUCCUGUGGGGAUCUUCCGUCUCCACCCUUUGGGAGCAAACUGGGAACAUUGACCACAUUUGGAGCAACUGCGAUUUUUAUGUGCAACCAUGGUUACACGCUGGUGGGGUCACAUGUCAGAGAAUGCGGUGCUAACGGGCUGUGGAGUGGUGCAGAGACCAGGUGUUUAGCUGGUCACUGUGACUCUCCAGAUCCAAUAGUCAAUGGGCACAUUAGUGGAGAUGGCUCUAGUUACCGAGACACAGUGGUGUACCAGUGCAUGUUGGGAUAUCGUCUAAUCGGCACAUCAGUCAGGAUCUGUCAGCAAGACCAUCGGUGGUCUGGAACAACACCCGUCUGUGUCCCUAUCACUUGUGGUCACCCCGGCAACCCCGGCAACGGACGGACCAACGGCAGCGAGUUCAACCUCAAUGAUGUUGUCAACUUCACCUGUAACAAGGGUUACAUCCUCGGUGGAAACGCUCGGGCUCAGUGCCGCCUCAACGGACAGUGGAGCAGCCCACUACCUGUCUGCAAAGUGGUAAACUGUUCUGACCCCGGCCAUGUGGAGAAUGGUGUGCGCCAGUCUGGUCUACGUUACCCGGAGGUGUUCAGCUACGGUGUAACCGUGGCCAUACACUGUAAGCGAGGCUUCUACCUACUGGGUUCUGCGCUCCUGUCAUGCCAGCAUGAUGGACGGUGGGACCGGCCAAUCCCUCGCUGCCUAGCCAUUUCCUGCGGCGACCCGGGCGGGCCUCCCAAUGCAGUGGUGACUGGAAGCCACAGUUGGACGUACAGUUCAGUGCUGCAGUACUCCUGUCUGCCUGGAGGGCUGCUGGUGGGCAACACUACCCGCCACUGUCAGGAGGACGGCACAUGGAGUGCAUCGCCACCAUACUGCACUGGGGUAAGUCCAGGAAUCUGUGGAGACCCAGGGAUGCCUCCCCAUGGUGCCCGUCUGGGAGGGGAAGAAUUUAAAACCAAGAGCCUGCUGCGUUUCAGCUGCGAGGCGGGAUACAGUCUGAUUGGCUCAGCCGAGAGGACCUGCCUUCACAACGGCACCUGGAGCGGCACACAGCCUGUCUGUCAAGCUGUAUCCUGUGGUAACCCUGGCACCCCAGCACACGGCAGAAUCGUCUUCAGUGAUGGCAUCACCUUCGGAAGCUCGGUGGCCUAUGCCUGCUGGGACGGCUUCAAAACAUCAGGCCUGACCACCAGACACUGCACAACCAAUGGGACAUGGACAGGACAGCCCCCGGACUGCACAGUGAUAACUUGCGGAGAUCCUGGCCAAGUAGCCAAUGGGAUCUUUUUUGGGAGUGAGUUUGCCUUCAACCACACUGUUACCUACCGCUGUAACCCUGGCCACCUGAUGGAACCACCCGGACACAGCGUUUUGCUCUGCACUAAAGAUGGAACCUGGAACCAAACCAAGCCCAGCUGUAAAGUCAUCCAGUGUGGACCUCCUCCUCAAGUACACCAUGGGAAAGUGGAAGGCACCGACCAUUCAUGGGGCUCCAGUGUUAGCUACAGUUGUUUCCAUGGUUACCAGUUGUCCACUUCCGCUGUGCUAUCGUGUGAGGGGAACGGGACGUGGACAGGGGACGUACCAAAGUGUUUACCUGUCCUGUGCGGCGAUUCUGGCUCUCCCGGAGGUGGAUUCAGAGAGGGCAACAUCUUUUCUUACAGGUCAGAGGUCAGGUUCUACUGCCACUCCCCCUACCUGCUAGUAGGGUCUGCCUCCAGAGUCUGUCAAGCUGAUGGCAUGUGGAGCGGCCACCAACCAGCAUGUAUAGACCAAGCCUUCAACAACUGUCGGGACCCAGGAACUCCAGCUUAUGGUAUACCGAUCAUGGGUCAGGGCUUUCAGGUUGGCAAUAAGAUUUCAUUCAAGUGCCGCAAGAACUAUCACAUCCUGGGCUCCACAACAAGAACGUGCCUAGAAAACCUGACCUGGAGUGGGACACAACCUGAAUGUAUUGCCCAUUCAUGCAGACAGCCAGAGACCCCAAGUAAUGUUGAUGUUCGAUCUAUGGACCUGCCGACUCUGGGAUACACGCUGAUCUACACCUGUCAAGAUGGUUUCUAUCUGGCAGGGGGAUCAGAGCACAGAACCUGCAAAAGUGAUGGCAGAUGGUCUGGCAAACCCCCGCUUUGUAAAGUUGGAGUGAAGGUCAAUCCCAAAGGCAGAGGAGACUCAGAUGUCCAGAAGAACAAGAUCCGAGUUCCAGUGGACGUGUUCUCUCCGAACUCAGAGUGGAGCGGUUUUUAUGAGUAUCUUGGAAAAAGGCUGGCUACCACAUUUACAGUUACUGGGUUCAACGCAACCAGUGGCAGAGUCAACGUCACACUGCUGGAAACCAGCGGAGUUUCAAUCAGACUGUCAGGUACGUACAAGUCAGAGGAGAACCAGCUGCUGUUGAAGGUCUACCAGGUGAAGGGGCCAACAGAGCAUUACUACAGCAAGUUUAAAAAUGACAACUGGGCUAUAGAUGGACAUGUUACUGCAGAAUCGGAUCAGAGGACCUUUGUCUACCAGGGGCAUAUUCACAGUAAAGACUUUGGCAAGUUCCAUCUGACAAGGCAAGGCCCUGUAACCAUGGCGAUGGACCCAUCCAACCCCUACACAAACAGCAGCUCUGUGGCCGCAGCAAUCUUAGUUCCCUUCUUUGCUCUCAUCUUGUCUGGAUUUGCUUUCUACCUCUACAAGCACAGGACGCGUCCCAAGGUCCAGUUCAAUGGUUAUGUCGGCCAUGAGAGCACCAAUGGUCAGGCAUCAUUUGAAAACCCAAUGUAUGACACCAACAUGAAGCCUACUGAGGCAAAAGCAGUUCGAUUUGAUACCACUCUCAAUACGGUCUGCACUGUGGUAUAGUCCAACGAACCUGGAGACUAUUUAUACAAUGAUUCAGUCCAACCUCUGCCUUGGUCUGCGUGAAAAACAAACUAAUGAUUCGGAGUUGUCGCGUGAGCAGUCUGUGUUGUAGCAUGCUGGUCCUUUUGUCAGCACAAUCUGCUCCACCUACUGCCUGAACAACAAUAUCAUCCACUUAUCCCAAGAGUCUGAGCGAAAUAAAACGAGAACCAAUACACAGGGGGAAAAAGACAACGAUGACAUCAAAUGUCAGAGAUUAAUGUUUGGAAGUCUCCGUAAACACUGCUACUGUUGAGGCCCUAAGGAAAAACACAGAAUGAUGGUACAGCUUAUUUAACUUCUUCCAUGUGCGACCCCCCCCCCCCCCAUUGACCCAGUGCUCAUACGCCGUCAGUUGACUUCUGCUAAAUUUGACCCAGCCUCCUUGUGCAAAGGGCUUUGAAUGGCCAGUCAUAUGGUUCCUAAAUCCCCUUCCUGCAACUUGAGUAAUCUUUUAGCCAAUCUAACGCCAUACCCCAUGCCAAUUGGUUUUUACAGUGGUACAUGUUGUACAUGCUGCUCCGGUUAAUUUAAGUACCCUGCUGCAGGUGCAAGGUUUUACCCCCAGUCCAUAGACUAUCGCACCCUUCAAUCCCCUCCAGACAUUCGUGUAAAUUCUAACGAUUUUUCCAACAUGUCAACACAAAAAACAUCAUCGGUGCUGGAUCAAAAACUACAAAAAUAGAGUUAGGUACAGUAUUUGGCAACUUGUUUAGGUUAAAACACAGCAAAUGUGGCAUUUGCAAAUGUUACUUUUCCCAGAUUAAGUACAGCAACCUUGGUAUGAAGUUAUUUCACACAAAUCAAUCCUGUGUACAAUAUUUCUUAUUAGGCAGACCGUGUUGAACCCGAAAACCAGACACUUGAGUUGCCUGGUCGGUCUACACAAUGGACUGGUUUCCAGAGACCUGUCCACCACAAUCAAACAGUCAGACGACAGAUUUUUGGUAUUGGGGUAGCCAGGAUCCUGUGCCUGGUGGCUGAACAAGUGGAAGCCUGGAGGCAAUAAGCUGUCAAGAUCUUCAACCGCUGCAGUCGGCUGUGGCCAAAUCCAGGAAACAAUUUGUCUUCUCAUAUCUCCGUUGGAAUUAUCCGUCGUGAUGACUGAUUUUUUUUCCUACAGCAUACUCUCCUGCCCCAUCAAUCAGAAAUACAUGAACUUAUUAACGACGGACUGGUUGACUGAAAGAAAUUAGACGGACACACACAGACAAAUGGACGGAUCGACAACUCUGUUAAUCCUGCUGGAAAGAAAGACAAGGACAGGUCGCUAUGGAAACAGAGGCAAAUAAUUGUCUCUAUUUGUCUCUUUUGGCAUUUUUCUUCAGUGAAGAUAUUGAUGAACAGACUCUUUGUUCAAAUACCCAGUGGCCCCAUGGUACUUCCCAAACCACUGCUGCUGGGGACCCCAAAAUAUAAACUUUAUAUGAACUCUUAAACCGCACAAAUUUUGCACUAGUGUGUUUUUCUGAGUGGGUUAUGAAAAAAAAGAAUAAUUUUUGGGUCUGAAAUGGGUUUGAAAAUGAGUCAUUGAAAAAGAGAAUUUUAUUCAAAAACUUCUAUCUUUAAAAAGAUGACAAAAUGACUAAAAACAGGGUUAAGGUGUGUUUGUAUAUACACAUUGAUAUUUCACCUUCCCUGUGAGCAGAAGUUGUGACCACAUGCUAUCUCAUUGUUGAUUUUGUUGCCAUGACAACAUGCUAACCAACCAGAAAUGUCAGUUCAGCUAACCCCUGAGCUUCUAGUGUCCCGUAAUGACACCAAUUUUUUUUUAUAACAGCACAGAUUUUUUUCUGAAAGCUUAUUCUGAAUAUUGUUACUGCUGUAGAAUGUAACAUCUAUACUCUGCAGUAUGAUUUCACUGAAACUAUGGUUCCACGUCGCUAGAUUUAUUUACAGGCAUUAAACACCGUCAUUUUAUACUGUACAGUCCUCUUGGGGUAUGUUUAAUAGUACACAGCUUUAUUAGCAUCUCAAAGUGGGCUUAUUUGUUUUAGUUCAGCAGACAGUGUAAGCUUUCAGAAUCAACAUGUGACUGCUUCUCUAACUUUUUUUAAAUAUGUGUUGCAAGUGACCACAACUAGUCACGUUAGCAAAAAGUGGAACACGUUAAACAGAUCUGAUGCACAUGAUCAUAUUUCAAAACAACCUUUUGAAGAGCCCACAACUUUUUUCUGUAUGAGAAUUGGUCAUGUUGAAGGACAAACAGAAAUGGUACAAAGACAACAUGCACAAUUAUUAUUGUCGAGAAAUAUCAGAACCUGGAACCUGGCCAUUGCUUGAGAAAUACCUCGUGGGCAGACAGUUACAUCCUGCUUAUCAAUGCUUGAAUCCCACUGCAACAAAUGCACAAGCUUAGCCAGUGUGCCCGUGCAUUCAGCUUAUUUCCUGGUGUUACUAAUCAAAAAAUAAUACCAAUGGCCAUGAGUCUGUAGGAUUUAGCAAAGUCCACGAACAUCACUUGCCAAGCUUGUUCAUUUUUUGCAGUGUUCUCUCAAAAUGAUUUCAUUUUACGAAAGAUGCUGCAAUCGGUUUGGAUCACAGAUUUAACUGCUUUCAGUGUCCUCAUGCAUGUUUUUUUGUUGGUUUCAUUCUCCAUGCACACUAUUCUUCCACUACAAUUCAUGCAUUUGCUUUAACUUGCAUGUUUUUUUAUUGUGAAAGAAUUUCCGUUUAUGUUCCACGUGUAAUUCAACCACAUACCAUCAUACAUUCACAAAUCCAUUCAUCUACACAAAUGAUAUCAACAAACCUGUCUCCUACAAAAAUAAGUUCCCAGAUAAGUGCAUUAUGAAUAAUAAUGUACAUUAUUGUGUUUUUCUUAACCAUGCAACACCUGGGACAUAGACAGAUUUCCCCAAACUCCGAUAAGGCAUAUUUGUGAUAAGAUUUCAUCUGUGACCAAAUUACCCAAAGCAGUUUUAUUGUAUGGGAAAGUACAUUUUUUAGCCGAGAGGUCUCUGUGUCAGAUGACGAGUGGAAUGUAGGGUAUGUUUUUGGUCUAAUAAUAAUAAUAAUUGUCAAUCAUCAUUAGGAAACUGUCAGGGUCAUGGGCAGAAAGUUAGAAACAUAGAGCUAAAUAUUAAAGUUAUGCAUAAGAUAUACAUAUGUCUGCACUAGCCAUAAUACUGGUAAUAAUUUCAGAAGGCGACGAGCCAGAAGACACGUUCAAAAUGGUCUCACAAAAAUAAAUGAGACAUCUGUAAACAACAGCAGAGCAUCUGCUCGCUAGCCUCCUCUCUUAUUGCCGGCGUGCACCCCAGGCUUUAAUUGAUUUAAUUGAUUCAGUGGAGAUUUACUAUGAAGUCAAGUAUGCAAUACCAUACAGUGACUUUAUCUGUUUAUAUCUAAAAAAUCUGCCAAAAUUUAAAACCUCACAUAUUGUUUUUGACAUAAGCUUUUUUUCCGUGGUGUAUUUCAAAUAAAUGAUGAACAUAAUACUGAUAAUAGAUGUAUUUUACACCAGAGAUAUCUGCCCUAAACUCCAGUCGCAGUCCCGCUUGGACUGCAAUCGUGUCAUACUGAUGCAGCUCAGCAGCUGUAUGGACCUUAUUUGUAUCUGCUCAAAUGCUAUUGCCAGAUGUGUGUGUGUGUGUCUGUGUGUGGUUGUGUGGGAGGGGUUGUUUUCUUUCAGGUUCAGUUUGCGGUGUUUUAGGAAAAAAAUUCAGUAUUGCCUUUUACCGGCCUCUGAGUGAACUUUUUCUCAAUAGUUUGGAUUGGACAAACUUCUCAUGCCAUACAUUCAGCAUCAGGGCUUCAAAGAGAAUCUGCCACCUUCUCUGACUUGAACGUGAGUGGACUGCAGCCUUGUUUUGCUCAUUAGCGCAAAGGACAAGUCAUUGUCAUUUCUACCCAUGGCAGCCUGUAGAUGUGGACACCACAUAUGUACGUAUUAUAUUCAUACUGUAUAUUAUGGUGACAGGAUGCAGCAAUACAUACUAUAUGUCCAUGUUUUUGAGUUGAACAUCACAAUCACCAUUAUCUCAACAUCAUCAUGUGCUGCUGAACUUGAAGUAGUUGAAAAGAAAACAAAGGUUUUGUACUGAAAUCUAUUUUUUAUGGAGAAUUUGUAAAAAACAAAAACAGAUUAUUAAACAUGCUGUACUUUUUAUGACCCAUAAUGUAGGUACAACAAAAGCUUAUUCAUUAAAGUCGAUGUUUCUACUGUUAAACACCAUGUAAAAAUCUACGGUUCAAACUGAAAAGCAUAUAUCAUCAUUGACCAUUAUGGCUGCUUUUACACAGGAACAGAAGGCCUUGUAGGAUCAGGAGUAAAUUCUCUUUGUGCUGGAGAGACACUUAUCUCUGAGUGAGACCUGUAAAAAGUUUUGUAUUCACAACCCAAGACAUUUCAAGUAUACAAAAUGUGUCGGCUCCUACUCAUCGGUUCAUCGUUUGCUUUUAAUGUGGCAGCUGUAUCUGCGAGUUGUCUGAGCAUCGAUGAUAUCUUCAAUCCCAACAUGAUCACUUUAGAUACAAACACAUAAUUUACAUUGAUCAAAAAAAUAAACACCAGAUUUUAAGUGUGACGAGGUCAUAAAGAGUAUUCAAAAAGGCAGUGUUCUUGUGUAAAAGCAGCUGUGGGUGGCCGAUCCUAAUGUCCAUAUAUGGGAGGGGGAGGACCUCCACAUACAAAGAAGAUUUUGGAUGAUUUGACCCCUUAUUGACCCCAAAUCUGAGUUUAUGUGAGUCUAAACAUGGGGAUAUCUGGUUCUUGCUUAGACACAAUGGGCUUUGAGUGAAAAAUGAAAUUGUGGUGAAUUUGGACUCUAACAGGAGCGUUAGCAUGUUGGCCAUUUCAAAUGCUCCUAUUUUGAAUGGUGAGACAAGAAUGGUUUGCUCUAAGUUUUGGAUUUAAGGAUGGGAAAUUGCCUUUUUUCUGUCCUCCCAUAAACAACAGAUAUCAUUUGUGAAUGCAGCUUCACAACCUGCUGUUCAAGAGAAUCACAGUUUAUCUAUCAGCUAUUUUGAAAACAUUAUUUGAGAAUAAAGUUUUUGAUACAAUACUC